UAAAAUCACGAGAUAGACGACACGCCACGCCUCUUUUCAGUUGACUGAUACAUUCACAUAGGCGGAGUUAAAUCUCUGCAUUUAAGAAGCUACUUCUUAAUAUUAGGAUAACCCCAACAUCGCUUGAACGCUGAGAGGAGACACGAUCGGUAUCCUGUACUCCAGGUCGGACUGGUCACCUGCAGCUGUUCGAGCUUAACAAUCCACUUGCUAAUUACAUGUUAAUAUGUUGAAACUGACAGUAGGUUUAGCACUCGUGACCCUGGUUGCUUGCUUGCAAUGCUCCAACAAUGAUGUCUGUGAGGCAGGCCAGACAUGCUGCCAGGCUCCCUCUGGAGACACCAGCUGCUGCCCCUUACAUCAUGGAGAGUGUUGUGAAGACCACCUGCACUGUUGUCCUGAGGGCAUGCUCUGCCAAGUAAAGGACUCUAUGUGUCAGAAUGCCACACAUUCACUGCCAUGGGCGGAGAGGUUGCAUGUUGAACAGACAAGCCUUCCCAAAGACUCUAAUGUUCCCUGUGAUGACACUGCGGCCUGUCCGGAUGAAUCCACAUGCUGUAAAACUAAAGAUGGAGGAUGGGCCUGCUGUCCUCUGCCGGAGGCUGUGUGUUGUGAAGAUUUUGUUCACUGCUGUCCUCACGGUCAGAAAUGUAAUAUGGCUUCUGAGAAAUGUGAGAGCUCAUCAGGCUCUGUACCCUGGUUUGGGAAAAUCCCAGUUCGGCCAAUCAGCAGUCUGAAUUCGACUGACACACAGGUGUCUUCCACCUCUGACGUUCCCUGUGAUGACACUGUGGCCUGUCCGGAUGGAUCAACAUGCUGUAAGACUAACGAGGGAGAAUGGGCCUGCUGUCCUCUGCCAGAGGCUGUGUGUUGUGAUGAUUUCGUCCACUGCUGUCCUCAUGGUCCGAAAUGUAAUAUGGCUUCUGAGAAAUGUGAGGACCCAUCAGGCUCCAUGCCCUGGUUUGAGAAGAUCCCAGUUCGGCCAAUCAGCAGUCUGAAUUCGACUGACACACAGGUGUCUUCCACCUCUGACGUUCCCUGUGAUGACACUGUGGCCUGUCCGGAUGGAUCAACAUGCUGUAAGACUAAAGAGGGAGGAUGGGCCUGCUGUCCUCUGUCGGAGGCUGUGUGUUGUGAUGAUUUCGUCCACUGCUGUCCUCAUGGUACGAAAUGUAAUUUGGCUGCUGAGACAUGUGAUGACCCAUCAGGCUCCAUGCCCUGGUUUGAGAAGAUGCCCGUUCGUCCAAUCAGCAAUCAGAAUUCAACAGACACACAGGUGUCUUCCACCUCUGAUGUUCCCUGUGAUGACACUGUGGCCUGUCCGGAUGGAUCAACAUGCUGUAAGACUAAAGAGGGAGAAUGGGCCUGCUGUCCUCUGCCGGAGGCUGUGUGUUGUGAAGAUUUUGUUCACUGCUGUCCUCACGGUCAGAAAUGUAAUUUGGCUGCUCAGUCAUGUGAUGACCCAUCAGGCUCUGUACCCUGGUUUGAGAAGUUACCCACCCGUCCUAGAGAAGGUCUAGGGUCACAUGAGAAUAUGAGCUGUGACUCUAGUCACUCUUGUCCUGAAUCCAACACUUGCUGUAAGAACAUAGAUGGAGAUUGGAAUUGCUGUCCCAUGCCUGAGGCUGUGUGUUGUUGGGAUCAUUUACAUUGCUGUCCCCAAGGCUUCACUUGCAACUUCAUAACACUCACCUGUGACAGUGGCAGCACCUCCGUGCCCAUGACAGUCAUUAUUCCCGGCUCAGCUAAGGAAGGUCACAGACAGACACAGCAUGAGGAAGUGAAAGAAGAAACGGGAGUGAGAAAGUACAAUAGCAGGGUUCCAUGUGAUGCACAUACUUCCUGCCCAGAUCAUACCACUUGCUGUUUGAUUGCAAAAACCAGCAAAUGGGGCUGCUGCCCGUUGCCUAAUGCUGUAUGUUGCAAGGAUGGAGAUCACUGUUGUCCAGCUGGCUAUGAGUGUGAUGUGAUUAAGGUGACCUGCGUCAAGAAAGAUGCUGUGAUUCCUUGGUACAAAAAAAUCCCUGCCAAGAGCACUCCAGCUCCAAGCUCUGACCUUGGCGAUGUUAAGUGCGAUGAUCAGACCAGUUGUGAGACGGGAUCCACCUGUUGCCGUCUUUCUACCGGAGAUUGGGGUUGCUGCCCUCUUCCUGAGGCUGUUUGCUGCCCAGAUCAUGAGCACUGCUGUCCCAAGGGUUACACGUGUGAUGCGGGUGGGAGCUGUAUGCAAAACACCUGGCUGCAGGUAGACAGAGUCCCACUCAUCCACACUGGUGGCAAAGAGCAACAACCAAUCAGCUCAGUAAAGGACAUUCAGUGUGCUGAUGGACAUAGUUGCCUUGAUAGUGAGACGUGUUGUAAGACCUCUGAGACCACCUGGGCAUGUUGUCCAUCUCCAAAGGCUGUGUGUUGUGAUGAUAUGAAACACUGCUGUCCUGCCGGAUACACGUGCAAGGAUGGAGUAUGUAGUAAACCCAAAGGCCUCAAAUGGAACAGCUGGGGCUACUAAAGGAGGUUUUCCCCAGAAAAGAAAUGAGCUGUUUGUACGAAAACACAAUGCCCCACACUCUUUUCAGUGUGGGUUUUUUUAAUGUGGGAUUUUUUUUAAAAAUGUUACUAAUCAGUGCAAAUCAAAAGAGAAGUUUACAUGUUAUUGCAGUUCAUUGGACAUGAUGUCUAAAAUAACUGUCAAUCAGUAAUACCUUAUUUGACUAAUUUUGUUGUACAAGUGUCGUUACUGAAAAGUGUGCAGACUACAUUGUUUUAAUUAUACAAGUAAACAAACUGCUAAAUAAAUGUGAAAAUUUAGAUACUUUAGUGUAAAGAUAACACAUAAUCAGUGUAUGCCCUCUAGUGGCUGCAUUGAAUUCAUGAGUCAAUAGCAAAAGUUGACUAGUCUUGGUUUGCAACGUUGUUCAUAGGCCUACUUAACAUAUAAACAUCACGUCUUAUAAUAAUGAUUACUUGACAUGGGAUAAUGACGUAUUUUAAAGAAAUCUCUUCAGAUAUUGUAUCUUAUUUUCUCUGUAACCUCCAUAUUGCAG